UGUCAGUAGUGCAGGAUUGCAGUGGUGCACGCACGUUUAAUUGCACUUUGCACUGUGGUUGCAGUUCAAUUAAUGCAGUUCAACAAUUGUAUGUUUUACUGUAAUUAAUUAGUGAAUUUCACAUUCUACUUUCACUCUUCAGUUCAUUGAGUACAAGUAUUGUUUAUGUAUUUUUAAUCAUUCUUUUAUAUUGGUUAAACAUGGAGAGAAAUUCCAGGUGUGACGUUUAUUGUAAACAUAUAGCUGAAGAUGAAGGCGAAAUUAUGCAAAAACUACAACGUCUAAGGGUGAAGGUUUCUUCAAUAGUAGAAAAUAGUAGUCAAAGUCAGGUAGAUGUAUUUAGAUGUCAGAGUAGCCUGUUAGAUGUGCUAAAAGUAACUUCAACAAUAAUUAGUUCCUUGGAUCAAUGUAUUCAAGAGCUAGAAAGUACUUAUGCCGGUAACGAAUCUGCUGAUACUUAUGAAAGUGCAAAUACAAAUAAUAAUCUACCUCUUUUAUCAACUACAGAUUCUCUGUACUCAUUCAGGACAUCUGAAAGCGGUGAACAAACAGAAACGGAAAGAUCUAGUAUAGUUAAUGAGGCAGCUAAUACAGAACUACUACAAGUUGAAGUAACCGAUAGACAAGACUAUGAUGGAGAACUGGAAUCACUUCAUUCUGAAUACGCUAACAGUGAAACUCGUCUUCUAUAUAAUUCAGUAAGUUUUGAGACACCGGAAAAGGACACUUCUACCUCGAAGACUGACAUAAAGCAAUGUUUCAACGAUUUCAUCGAUGAUAAUACCCAUGAUGUAGAAGUUUCUUCCUGCUCAUCAUCAUCUUCUUAUCAAUCUUUGAAGCCUUUUCAUCCUCCUGGUUAUAAACCUACGGUAGAGAAAAUUAAUCACCAAUUUGACAAUGGUAGUAAUCCUUUCUUACCUAAUUUUAAGAUAAAACCGUCGGAGACAACUAUCAAAAAUGAUGCUGGUGAUAAUAUGCAUUCUUUAGCGGAUGUUAAGUUAGAACCAAUGGAAACAGCUAUAAAAAAUGAUAAUGGUGCGAAUACUCGUCCUCUAGAAGAUGUUAAGUUAAAACCAAUGGAAACCGCUAUAAAACACAAUAAUGGUGGUAAUAAUCCUUCUUUACCUGAUAUUAAGUUAAAGCCGGUGCAACAAAUUGUAAAAAAUGAAAUAACUAAAUUAGAUGUCGAGAAGAAAACGUAUACACCAAAGAAGAAGAAAAAGAAUAAUAAAAGCAUCAAAUAUGAAAUUCCGUCCAAAAGAGAGCCAGUCAUCGACGAAGAAUGCUUCGUAAGUCAUAUCGUAUCCCCUAAUGAAUUUUAUAUACAUUUAGUUGACGAAGAGAGCUUAUUGGUCGAUGAUAUAUCAGACGUAAUCGGUAAAAAUAUAACAAAAAGUAAAAAAAUUAAAUACAAUAGUAAAGAAGAAGCGCUCGAUGACGUAGGAAGAUUCGGAUUUUUAUUUUUAGAGUCUAAUAAGCUUUGGUACAGAGUGGAAGUAUUGGACGGACUGACAGAUCAAAAACACGAUAAUAUUUUAGUGCAAUUGGUGGACUUCGGAAACAUACACCUAGUUUCCUAUAAACAUUUACAUACAAUGACUAAAGACUUGAAUAACAUUCCAGAACUGCAUUAUCCCAAACUAGCUGUGCGCUGUCAGUUGCCAAGGCUCUACCCUCCACACUCGAAACGUUUGAAUAAAUUAUCAAAAUGGCCAGAAGAUACCAUCGAGAUUAUGCAUCAAUUAUGCGGAUUCAACGAAGAAAUUACUAGUUACUUUAAGCUAGUAUAUGUCGCCAAAGAGGAAGAUUUUUACGUCGUUGACAUAUACCGAGUUGAUUUGGAAAGUACGAGCACACUCAGUCAAAUUCUAUUGGAUUAUGGUGCGGCUGUACAAAUUAUCGAUGAAUGCGAUACUAAUAACAUGGAGUUGGAAAGAUUCGUGGACGAUAUAGACGACGCAGAACAGUACAACAUUAACGAAGCAAUAACGGGGUACGAUCCGACUGACGAAGCGAGAAUAUGCAGAUUUACCAGACCAGAUGGAACAUGUUUCAAAAAACAUUGUAAACUAGAACAUAUUCAGUCGCGAAAAGAUGGAUUUACAACAGACCAGGAUGAAGUUUAUACUAAAGCUAUGUGCCCAUUAAUUCUUCCCAGCAUGGAUUCCAACGUCCCCAUACUUAUUACGGGAAAUAUUUCAGUAUGCAGAUUCUAUGCCCAGAUUAUUAAUAAUCCGUACAAUACAGGAAGGUAUAUUAUGGAUUUACAAUUCCACAACUUAGAUCGAGAAAUGAACGCCGUAGAAACUGUUAAGAAGUACGAAACCUUUAAAAUAGACCCAGCGCUUGGAGAAAUAGUUUUGGUUUGGUUGGACCAUUGGAAGCGAUGGUCGAGGGCGAUAGUACGAGAACUACUUUUUUCGGGCGACGAUAGAAAAGUCCAGGUGUACAUGUUGGAUUACGGGGAAUAUCAAAUCAGGUUAACCAAUGAGCUGAGAAAAAUAUUGCCGCAAUUUUUAUUACUACCAUUCCAAGCAGUCGAAUGCUACAUUCAAGAUUACGAAUUAAAUACUUCGUGUCCAUUAAAAGAAGCUAAUAAGUUUUUCGACAUAAACAUGCAUCUUCGCAACUUUACUGCAAUCACUAAGUCUGAAGAUGAACCCUUAAAAGUAAUUUUGAGAAACCAGACCAACACCAAGGACGUCGGUCAGACAUUAGAAGAGCAUGGCUUUGCUAGGAGAACAAGAAAAGACAUUAAUGUCUCUGAUAACUGUUAUAUACAAUUGUCAUGACGUUGUUAAGAUGAAAAAAAGACAAUCGUGUUUAGGAAAUUGUACAACAAUUUUUUUAUUUAGCUUAAUGUCUCGACAACUAAUGGCCAUUGGCAUUAGAAUGACAAAAUUUACUCGUACCUGAUUACUUUUUAAUCUCGUAUCAAGCGAAUUGAUCAGAUAAAAAGCUAAUUAACUAGUUAACUUAAUAAAUUAGCAUAAAGUGACACAUGGGUCUAUUGAAUAAAAAGAAGAAUGUGUGUACUUUUGUACGCACGUAAGAAGUUAUACUUCUAUUAUAUGAUUUCAACGAAAUCAAUAUACUUUAAACAGUUUCUGUACAACUUUCCAAAAAUUUUUAUUAAAACAAUACCAAAAAUUAAAAAAAUAAAAGAAUAAAACACACACACAAACACAUUGAAAAAUGACACAAAUGAUUUCUGAACAAUAAUUGUUGCCAAAAAUUUUAAUUAAAUGCGUAUUUUCUGAAAAAAAUUAUAUAAUAAUAUACUUACAAUCAUAAAAUCUAUAAAAAAAAAUAAAAAAUGAUAUAACUUGCAUUGGGCUUGAACCUACUUCCCGUGUAUCCCGCCGUACGAGAGUCGCAACGAUUUCAAACUGCACCAACUUCGCGUAUACGUCAUGUGGGAAUAUACACAAACUGAACAACUUUUUGACAUUUUGUUUAUAUGAAUUUUUAUUAGUUUGAUUUUUGUCGAAUAAAAAUACAACAAUAUAUAGAGUAAGAAAACGAUACAUUAGAUCAAAAUUUGUAGAAAGUUUGUUCGUAAUUAGAUUAUGUAAAUUAAAGCAUUGCCUACUAGGGGUAUAGCAUAGCAAGUACUAGGUAAGUACAUUAUUUUUUUUACAUUUUCCAAAUAGGUAUGAAGAUAAUUUUUUAUUGGAAUACAACUGAAACAUUUAGAAUUACGUACCUGUGGCUUUUCAAAACUAUUUAAAAAGUCACUAUAAUUAUAAAUUUGAUUUUACACAACAAUAAAAAGUCCUCACAAUAAAAACUAAUAUACAUUUUUGUUUACCGAUAACCUCCCUAUUAAUCAAUUAUUGACAGAUCAUUUCCACACCCAAUCAGAGCCCGUAUAAAGACUAACACCACACUUUCGGUGUGCGCAUGCGCGCAGAUCAAUAUAAAUUCACCCUCAAUCUCAAUCGCGCCUAAAAAAGUAUAACUUCAAAAAGAAGUAUUUGCUUUUACUUAUACGUAUUUAAGUAUUUACUUAAUAGUAAUUGAAUAAAGUCAUUUAUUUAAUCCUUUAUUCAAUGACUAUUAAGUAAAUACUUAAAUACGAGGAACUAAAAGCAAAUACUUCUUUUUAUUCAAAAGACCCAUUGCCAAUAGCUACAGAACAAAUAAUUCAUUUGACGCUCAAAAUCGACAUAUUACAGAAAAAUUUCUAUAAAAUGUCCAUUUUAAGUUUUGUAUAAGCCUCUGUCAGAUUUUAUUUUUUAUACGCUAUAAGAAUACUGCCAAAACUGACAAAACAGUCACUCAUUCAUGAUGAUCUCCACGAAAAUCAAUAAUGAAUACCAUUACUGAAUGAAUCACUGCCAUUAUCCAUUUACUUUCGCAUUCAUUCAAUAUUGUACAAGGGUAAAUGUGGAAUAAAAGGGUAGGCCUUAAAAAUGACGCUUUUUGGGGAGCCUAAAAAGUGAAAAAAAGCUCAAAUUUUACUGUUUAUUUUUUUUGGGAGAAAAUAAAUCAUAAAUGACUGUGGGAAUCCCACAAUAUUUAUUAACUUAAUAUUUCAUGUUUUCGUUAUUUUAUUAUUAAAAUGUAAAACAAUAUUAAUAAACCCAAUCAAACUUAAUGUAAUUUAACCUAGCACUGAUAACAAAGCAGUAAUUUUCUGUUAAAAAUUGUUAAAGAAUAAAAUGUUUUAUUUAAACAUUGUUAUUUAAAAAUCGAAAAAUUGUAUUUUUCAUAAGAAAACAUAUUUUGUAUAACUAUGGCAACGCUGCUAGAAUUACCCUUCUGGAGCUUAUGAAACAGUUGUCAUUAGUGUCAUUUCUUGUUGUUUCAUGGUAUAUAAUGGCGAUGGCUUUUAAAAAUAAUAGAAAUUACAUGAAAAAUAAUGUUUGCCUCCAAUAAAAAUCCAUUAUAAAAUCUUCAGUAACUGAAACAGAAUUCAUUGAUAUAAAUUUCAUAUCCGUAAACAGUCUACCCUUUUAUAAAACUAGUACCUUUACGUAUUAAGAUUUUAAGACAUCUAGCUUUCCCAGCCUUCUUUAAAUAUGAUUUUUCUCGGUUAUAAGGAGUAUCCCAAAAUUUAGGAAAGCUUUGAAUUUAAUAGACACUUAAUAACACUGUUUUUUUUUCUUUUGAUUGGAACUUUGUUAUUGAAUCCAUAAAGUACAAAGGAUAGGGAACAUCCAUAAACUACGUCGUUAAAAAGGGGGAGGGGGUCUUUGCUUAUUACGACGGUAUACGACAGGGGGAGGGGGCCAUGAGUCCACAUCCGACGUCGUUUGAUGUUCACGCAUAUAAAAAAUUACCCUAUUUUGGAAUUAAAACGAAUUAGUAGGUAUAUUACUUUUAUGGCAUACUUUUCAUUUCGUUUUUAUCACUCACAGCCUUAAUAAUAUUGCUAGCAGUUUUGUACAGAAUAUAAAAUAAUAAAACAUUGUUCUAUGUAUUUAAACAAACGCUUCUAUGCAGAACAACGUCUGGAAGCAAUAAAUAUUAAACUGUUCAUUUAUUUACUGAAUACUCUGUGUAACAAUUCUACAAGAAUGAAUAGAAACAAAAUAUUCUAUUUUAUUUAGUUUUGUACAUUGUAUUUAUACUUAAUAAAAGAAAUGGUAAUGAAAUCAAAACAAAAUAAGUAUCAAGAUUUAUAUGAUGCAGUUAAGAAAGCAUAUCGGAACUCCGAUAAAAGUAUUGUCUUUUGUCCCAAUAAAGCUAAUUAGUUGUACAGUAAAUUGAGAGAAAAAAAGUACGCGGAUAUUAAUGAGCUACAUAGUAAGUAAAUAAACUUUGAUAGCUAACUUUAAAAAAUCCAGAAAUAUCAUAGAAUUUUAAAAAAAUCUCUAAAAAUGGGGGCCAUGAGUUGCAAUUGCGACGUCGGUAUGAGGGGGUCAACUGUAAACGACGCUUUACGACGGAAGGGGGGAGGGUGUUAAAAAGUCCGAAAUUUUUACGACGUAGUUUAUGGAUGUUCCGUAGGGUUAUAUAGGGAAUAGCAUAUAAAAAAAUGUACAUGACUAUUUUGCAUACAUGUUGCUGAAUUUCGUUGAUGCAGAAUUAUUUCCUCCUUCAAUAUAUGGAUGGUUAUAGGCUUGUUGGCAUAUUCGCGGUGUGCAAGUACUUGGAAGGCAUACGAGAAACGAUCUUGCGCGAAUAGCGGAGAAAUAUUGCAACUUUCUUAAAUAAUUCAUAUUGUCAAUUGAAAUUGUCAAAUUGACGUACAUACAUUUCAUACCUACUGUCGUUGAAGAAGAAAAAUUAUAUAUUUCUCCACAAUAUUGAUGUGAUAAGCAAUUAUUAUAUAAAAGUAAAUUUAAUUAAUUAUAUUUUGCUUGCAGUACUGCAUUUUAAUAACAUAACCUGAAUAUUAUUUUUUCUUCUUAUUAUUUUUUUGGACUAUGGCCUUGACAAUUAUCCAGUAACCAGGACUAUUGUCCUUUUCAUGAGCAUGUUUCAGUGCGUAACAAAUGAUAGGAAAAAGGGUAAGUCCGUGAUAAUACACAUUUAUGACAUUUAUUCUAACAUGAUAUUUUAGUUAAAUCUGACAGUUGUCACAUUUUAUUUUCAAUUUGUAAUAAAAACAAAUCAAAUGUGUUUCUUGCAUUUAUAAAAUGGUAUUUUCUUUGAUUUGUAUAGUCUUAUAAAUUAUACAGAUUAUAUUUGUAAUAUUAUUAUCUAAUUAAAAAAAAAUUAUUUUUUUAUUAUGGCGCCAUCUAUCGACAACUAGAAUAAUCACCGAACUAGAAUAAUUACCAAAGUAAUCACCGACGUGCCUUUUUUUUCUGUCACAUACAAUUUAAUGCGUUAGAAAGAAAUCGAAAAACUGUGACGCACUGAAAGAUGAUCAUGAGAAAAAGAAUAAUAUAAUUGGCCAAUAUAAUUAAAAGUGCGAAUAAAUUUGCAGAGCGUAGAAACCAGGUGUCGCUUUGCCGAACUUGCACGGUCCUAAUACCAUCAAAUAACCCCAUGAAAAGAAAUCUAAAGGUGUUAAAUCACACGAUAUGGGGACCAAUCCGCAAUAUGUGGAUAGGAGAGAGAGGGUGGGCCAAUUCUGAUUACCGAAACCAAAGAUUACACGUCCAGGAAAUGUCUCAUGCAGUAAUUGAAUUUAUCGCGGGCUGUAUAGCAUGUGACACGGUCUUGUUGAAAAUACACAUAGUCCACAUCAAUAUCCUCGAAAUUAAGCGGCAAGACCUCUCUUAUCAUUGCGAUAUCGAGCACCAGUAAUUCAUAUAAAAGCUAUAUUUACUGUUAAAUUUUUAAUUAAUAUUAAUAACUAAUUAUUAAAUUAUACUAGGUAAAUAUACCUGGUAUAUUUAGCUAUUAACGGUAAUAUUUAUAUAGGGCUUUUCAUCGAAUGUAAUUUGUUUCGAGCUUCUGUCAUAUGUUGUAUAAUCUGUGUAUAAUAUUAACGUUAUUAAUAUACACGGAUUAUACGACAUACGACAGAAGCUCGAAACAAAUGACUGUGAAUGAAAAGCCCUAUUAGGUGAGGUUAGGAAUUGUCAACGACUAGUCGCCGGCGAACGCACUCAAUAAGUGCGUUCGCGGGAGCCUGUCGGCGACAAAUUAGCAGCGAAACGCAUGCCCACUUGAAAAUGAUAUAAAUAAUAUCGUUAAUAGAUAAAUAUACAAGGUAUAUUUACCUAGUAUAAUUUAAUAAUUAGUUAUUAAUAUUAAUUAAAUGUAAAUAUACCUUGUAUAUUUAUCUACUAACGGUAUUAUUUAUAAAAAUUGGAAUAAAUCCUUUGUAAAAGGUAUAAAAUUUAUUAAAAUCCCUAAAGGGCUACAUCAGAACAAAACGUUUUCGAUUUUAUUACAAAAUCAUCAUCAGUGUAAGACAGUAUGAAUGCUAGCUGAGCCACCAAAGAAAUAUAGGGGUAAUAACCCUUCAAAUAUAAAAUGUAUGCUUUACAGAUGCAUAUUUACUUAAAAUGCCUUGUGGUGGGCAAAAGGCAACAGGAAUAAUGCCCUAAGGUAAGGUAUUUAAAUUCCCAACAUGUGGGAUGCAAAAAAAUUGAGUUUACAUUUCGAUGACUUUAUGGCAACUGUGCCUUUUGCCCAUCACAAGGCAUUUUAAGUAAAUAUGCAUCUGUAAAGCAUACAUUUUAUAUUUGAAGGGUUAUUACCCCUAUAUUUCUUUGGUGGCUCAGCUAGCAUCCAGACUGUCUUACACUGAUGAUGAUUUUGUAAUAAAAUCGAAAACGUUUUGUUCUGAUGUAGCCCUUUAGGGAUUUUAAUAAAUUUUAUACCUUUUACAAAGGAUUUAUUCCAAUUUUUGUGAUUGAUGGUAUACAGCCAACUACAGGAAAACUUUUCUUUCCUUGUGGAUUUUGUAUUAUUUAUAUUAAGUGAGGUUAGAAAUUGUCGGCGACAAUUUGUCAACGGUACCCGCGAACGGAAUUAUCUCGUUCAACAAUAGCUUUUCAACAACAGUCAUUUGUUUCGAGCUUCUGUCAUAUGUUGUAUUAUCCGUGUAUAUUAAUUUUAUACACAGAUUAUACAACAUGUGACAGAAGCUCGAAACAAAUGACAAUCGAUGAAAAGCCCUAUGAAAACUCGUUGAUCUCUCGUGUAAACGCCCCAUUGUUAUAUACCUAAACUGUCAGCAGUCAAACUUUUUUUUAUUUUGUUAACAUUUUACUGCACAAAUAGCGGCAAAUUCAAAUAUUUCGUGAAUUUUGGGACAUCUUUAUAUGACCAAAUAAAAAAAGAGACGAGCUGUUAAUUGAUGGAUUCGACUUAAUUAUUCGAAUUAAUGUUUAUUGCUUUUUUUAAUUGUUGUAAACUUUUUAAUAUAAAAUAUUUACUAACCUGUAUAUAAUUAAUUAACUUGUAUAUACAGAGAGGAGCUAAAUUAUGGAAUAAAUUCAUUUUCUCUAAAAUAAUUAAUUUGUAUAUACAGAGAGGAGCUAAAUUAUGGAAUAAAUUCAUUUUCUCUAAAAUGGACCACUUUGGAGAAAAAUCCCGAAACAGGUUGAUUUUUAUUUUUAAAUUACAAUUUUUUAGCAUAUAUUUCAUACUAGUGACGUCAUCCAUCUGAGCGUGAUAACGUAAUCGAUGAUUUUUUUAAAUGGGAAUAGGUGUCGUGUGGUAAAUCAUUUGAAAGGGUAUUUAAUUCUCUAUUCAGUAAUAUAAACAUUAAUAACAGUAUUUAUACAGGGUGGCCAAAAAAUAAUUUAAUUAAAUUAAUUGACGCAAACAGAAGAAUAUAUGCAAUUUAUUUAACUCAAAAUACGUUAUAUCGCUGUCAGAAAAUGGAAAAAAAUGUUUAUUUGGCAAAUAAACAUUGCUUGUCGCUUAAAUUAAAUGUUCAAACUGCCAAGAGGUAGGUGGGAGGCUGUUUGUGAUUUAAUGUAAGCGAAAAGAAAUGUUUAUUUGUCAAAUAAACAUUUUUUUCUAUUUACUAAUAGCAGCACAAUGUAUUUUGAGUUAAAUAAAUUACAUACAUUCUGCUUUUUGCGUCAAUUAAUUUAAUUCAAAAAUUAUUUUUUGGUCACCCUGUAUAAAUAAUGAUAUUAAUGUUUAUAUUACUGAAUAGAGAAUUAAAUACCCUUUCAAAUGAGCUACCACACGACCCCUAUUCCCAUUUAAAAAAAUCAUCGAAUACGUCAUCACGCUCAGAUGGAUGACGUCACUAGUAUGAAAUAUAUGCUAAAAAAUUGUAAUUUAAAAAUAAAAAUCGACCUGUUUCGGGAUUUUUCUCCAAAGUGGUCCAUUUUAGAGAAAUUGAAUUUAUCCAUAAUUUAGCCCCUCUCUGUAUAUUGUGUUUCAUUUCCGAUAACCAUGUGGAAUCGGUAGAAGGUCCUGUUAAGCCUAUGUGUCCCAAAUAAAGAUUUAAAACUUAUUUUCACAAAAAAUUUAUUGAAAACUCUCAGAAUGACCAAUAAUAAAAAAAAAGAAUGUUUGUGUACUUUGUAGGCACGUUAGAAGUUACACUUCAAUUAUGUAUAUUGUAUAUGAUUUUAACAAAAUAAAUAUAUUUUAAACAGUU